GACGAAUCACACAAAGCCAAGGAUCGCAUCGAAGCUCCACACCAAUAGCAAGUCGACCAAGACGCGAUCUGAGUUCGCGCCGAUGACCGUGCCCCAUGCAGCAAGCACGAGCGUGCUCACGGACGCAAGCCUCCUGCGCAGCAUCUGCGCCUACCAGUAUGGCUUCUUCGCCGACCUGCUCCCGCGGCUCGAGGAAGGGCGGGCCAUGACCACGACCACCAUUGGUGGGCUUAUGCAGUAUGAGCUGCCACCGCGGUACGCACCGCUUGUCGACACCCUUGCUGUCUUUGGCAGCUUUACGCUGUACCUACAUCCGUUCGAGCGCGAUGCGCGGUGUCCGCUGCACCUGGCGAUCUUCGAGGGCCAACUCGACGUUGUGAAGCGGUUCCUCGGCUGCCGCGGUCGCGCCUGGCUCUCGGCCGACGCUUUUUACCUCGCCGUGCAGCGAGGCCACGACGCCAUUGUGCGCUACCUCUGCGAGAAGCGUCUGUGUCCAUCCACGGAUGGGACCUGGCGCGACGCGCUCGCGCUCGCGGCCCGGCACAAGCGAACACGCGUCGUCGCCGUCUUACAGGACGCCCAUGUGGUCGACGCCAAGCGGCGCCACGUCACGACUACGUAGCGCUCCCGCGUAAAACGAUUCUGGACACUGCUGUGAAUGUUUCUUCUUCUAUUAGAGGCCUAGUACGCUACAAGAUAGUUGUCGAUGGGGCUUAGGACGCAAUGGGCGCGACAGC